AUGACUGACCACCAAAUUUUGCCAUCAGGCUCUGAAAGCCUACCAGACGACAUGUUGGACACCAAUGAGAAUACCGAAAAAGACCUUUCGAGUUUCGGAAAAGCGCCAGAUGGGGGUCUUCGAGCGUGGCUCACUACUGCCGGAGCUGCUUGCACGUUCUUCUCUGCCCUAGGGUUCGCAAACUCGUUUGGUGUUUUUGAAGAAUACUAUCUUUCGCAUCAGCUGAUAGAUCAAUCGGCGGAUGACAUUGCAUGGAUUGGGUCAUUAUCGUCUUUUCUUCAGUUUGCAGCAGGUGCCAUUGGAGGGCCAUUAUUUGAUCGUUAUGGGGCCUGGGUUAUCCGACCUGCGGUAGUACUAUAUGUAUUUUCUAUCAUGAUGACAAGCCUGUGUGAGAAGUAUUGGCAAUUCAUGCUCGCACAAGGCGUUCUACUGGGCAUCUCUAUGGGUCUCUUGCAAUUCCCAACAAUGGCAGCAGUGAUGCAGUAUUUUGAUAAAAACAUUGCGGCAGCUCUGGGUGCAGCGGUUGCUGGAUCAUCUAUUGGUGGGGUGGUGAUUCCAAUUGCUUUAUCAAAGAUGUUAAACAGCACAUCACUGGGAUUCGGCUGGUCCGUCCGGAUCAUUGGAUUCGUUAUAACACCACUCCUGGCCUUCGCAUGUCUCACAGUGAAAGCCCGGUUACCACCACGAAAAACGACAUUUUUUAUACCGUCAGCUUUUGCUAAAGUGGAAUAUUGUCUCCUUGUGGCAUCAAUGUUCUUCAUGUUCCUUGGCUUCUUCACCCCUUUGUUCUACAUCCCGACAUAUGCCGUGUCUCGGGGCAUGGAUGCCACUCUCGCCUCAUAUCUACUUGCAAUCCUCAAUGCUGCUUCGACGUUUGGUCGUGUCAUUCCAGGUGUUUUGGCAGACAAAUUUGGUCGAUUGAAUGUGUUGGCGUUGGGGGGAACCAUCACUGGCAUUAUCAUAUUUUGUAUGAACAAACCAGUGUCCAACCCAGCAUUGAUAGUAUAUUCAGUUGUCUUUGGGUUUUGGUCUGGGACAAUCGUUUCUGGUGCAACUGCAGCACUCUCAAUCUUGAUUCCGGACCCCAGGGUAAGCGGAACAUACAUAGGAAUGGCCUUGGGGGUUUCUUCAAUCGCUGCUUUGAUUGGUCCGCCCGUUAAUGGUGCUCUUCUCAACAAGUACCAUGGGUUUCUGGAAGUUUCUAUACUGAGUGGUACAACUUGCGUGUUUGGUGGAAUUCUUGCCUUUCUCAUAAAGAUGAAAACUCCCCAGGGACUCAUGGGGCGGGUGUGA